AGCUAACCGUGUUCCGUUCACAGAACACGAACGUCGAACUCAGUCUGAUCGAGUGGGCGAACUCGCACCUACCGGACCGCCUCAAGAUAUCCGGCACAUCCGGUACCCUAUACACCGGCCUCGCACUGCUGCGUCUGGCGGAGGACAUCAAGGGCAAGCCUGCUUCUCCGCCUGUGCCUGACUCUGCUUUCCCGUCUGAUCCCAACGAUGACCGCCUGGAUGGCCUCUUCAGGCUCUUCGAUUUCCUGCUCGACAACGAUGUCAAGAUGGGCGCGGUUAGCAUCAACGACAUUCGGCAGGGCAAACGCGACAAGAUUAUCCAGCUGCUGAAUGCAUUGAGGAAUUGGGAGGAAAAGCGCAAGGCUAUCGCUCUGGCCAUCUCGCAGGACGCCAUAGCUGGCCCAACGUUCAUGGCGGGCCCGAUUACUUUUGCGAGUCGCACGUAGUUGCUGACGUUGCGGACAUUAGUCUUAGUUUACUGUAACUUGCUUAUUAUUGCCUUGGAACGUAGGAUAUUUGCUUAUAGCGUUAUUGGACGUCGUCGUCGGAUUGUAGACGGUGCAUAUUAUUAAUUUCCCCACACACACCCCUUUAUACUCUUGGAUGUAGCCCGUAUGCUUUGUAGAGUUUCGCUGAGCCUGCGCUUUGUAAUCGAUUUUAUGUUUUGCUCAGAUCAAACACGUAGACGCCCGCAAGUGUACUUGCUCAGGACCCUCGACAUGGCCUUGGACAUUCAAGCUUUAGAAAAAAAUCUGCUGAACUGCAAGUGGACAGACGACGUCCAGGGCCCAGCUUGGCUCACAGUACUGGGAAAGAAUGUCGUCGAGGGCGCAUUCCGCGAAGUGCUCACCUCCGCAGCCGCUCGCGAACUGUUUGCAGUCCGCCAAUCGAAUGCUGACCUUGCCGAACAAACCCUAGACGUGCUCUUCCAGUUCACGUCGCCAUCUGCACAGACAGCAGGCGAGCUGGAAUGCCUGCGGCUUGUGCUCGCUGUCGUACUUCUGCAUGCGUUUCUCCAGGUUAAUUGGACCGGGCCAAAUCUAGAACUCAAGCCAGUGGAUAUCCUUUCGGUUCCGGACGACUACAAGGAUAUCAUUACGGACGAAUUCCUCAACUCGAAAUCGAUUGCCGAGCUUGCGUACGGUGGCGAGCCUGCUUACCAUCUCGUGGAGGCCCCCUUCUUCCUGCGUCUCUCGAGGCUGCUCCUUGAUCAACCUUUCGAGCGAUGUACAUCCGCCAUCUGGUGGAAAGCGCGCGUAUGGGCAGUACACGAGCACGUAAUCGACGAGCCUGUUGCCCCUCCUGAGGACCUUAUAUCUUACCUGCAGUCCUGGUCGAAGAAUAUUACUUCCGAGACCGAUCUUACAGGCCGGGUGCUGCUCGAGGAAGGUCUUUUCCACCACCUGCUCGAACAGGACCGCCAGGCUGCAGAGCUCUUUGUCAGAGCCGCUAGGGCGACGCAGCUCAAAUUCGAGCUCACCGGUGCGCUCGGAAAACGGACCAAAUUCCAGCAAAACGACGUCACGCAGCUUGUGCUUCUCGCGGAGUCGCGCAGGCGCGAUACGGACCUCGCGCCUGUCGAGGUGACACCUAGUACCUCGGUUACAGAAGAGAGAAAAGCUCUCCCAGAAACGCUGAAACUCAACGACGAUACGCUCCUCGAGCGUACACAGUUCAUCUCGUCCAACCCUGCCGCCCCUGGCUCCCUCCUCGCACACCUCGAUCCCUCAUCCCAACCCCCUUUAGACCCUCUCGACCAAUGCAUCCUGCUUGCCAUGUGCCUGAACAUCAAGAAUAUGUCGCCUGCGCACGGUCUGACGUCCGAACAGAUGGCGCCGUACGUCGAUCGCGUCAUCGCACAUGCUAGGAACUGGUCGGUCCACACCAUGGCCCUUCUCCUCCGGUCGCGUCUCGAGGCCAACCGGACCCGCACAGUCGAGCGAUCGACGUUGCAGCUGCAGGCCCUCGUCGACCAGAUGCCCACGGCGGACUCGACGGUGACCGAACGAUUGGCGUACAUCCACGAUCUCGCGCUGCCGAGCAAGUGGGAGCUGCAGCGAGAGCUCGCACAGCGCUACUUCGCGCUUGGUGUUGUGCGCUCUGCCCUGGAGAUCUUCGAGCGGCUUGAGAUGUGGGAGGACGUCGUCAAGUGCUGGCAGAGCCUCGAGAAGCCAGAUAAGGGCAUUGCCGUCGUCCGCGAUCUGCUCGAGGGCCGCAAGGCCGAGACGGACGUCGUCAUCGCGCGUGGUAAGGCGGCAAGCGAGGGACGGAGGCAGACGAUGGAUGCCGCCCACGAGGCGAAGCUGUGGGCCAUCCUGGGCGAUCUGGAACCGCAGAACGCACUGGAGCACUACAGCAAGGCCUGGGAGGUCUCGGGGGGCAUGUCUGGCCGUGCAAUGCGCUCGCUGGGCGGGUACCACUUCGCGCGGGGCGACUACCAGAAUGCGAUCGCCUGUCUGCGCAAGGCGGUCGCGAUUAACCCGCUGCUCACGCGCUCGUGGUUUAUCCUCGGGUGUGCGUACGUGCGCGCGGAGGAGUGGCAGGGUGCGAAGGAGGCGUUCACGCGCUGCGUGAGUAUUGACGACGAGGACGCCGAGAGCUGGAACAACCUCGCGAGCGUAUUUCUGCGAAUGGGGGAGGCCGGGCAGAAGGUCGAGGUCGAGAACGACGGGGAUGAUGAGGUGCGAUGCCUUUCGUGACUGUAUCUCUCACGGGAACACAUGCUGACCGGCUUACAUCACGCUUAGGGAGAGCUUAAGACAAAGGAGGCGGUCGCUUCGGACGAGCCGUCCGGGCGCGUACCCUUCUCGAACAAGCUUCUCGCCUUCCGUGCACUCAAGCAAGGCCUAAAGUUUGCAUAUGACAACUGGCGGAUGUGGAAUAACUACAUGAUCGUCGCCCUUGAUGUCGGCGAGCUCUCAGAGGCGUGCCGUGCUCUCGCACGCGUCGUUGAGGGGCGUGCAGCCAAGGACGGCUUGGCAGCCGUUGACGAAGACGCGCUUGAACGCCUCGUCGACGCUGCCACACGCGGGGAAUUUGACCAGCAGGCAGAGCAGGCAGCCCCGAGCUCCGCGGGACUACUCAGGCAAGUUACGGACCUGCUCGAACGGGUCAUCCUGUCGCGGGUGUCUUCUGUCCGCAUCUUUCGUGCGCGAGCCCGUCUGCUGACGGCACAAGGCCGCUGGGAAGACGCCCUUAAUGCAUACAUGGAAGCUUACCGCGCGAGCGCCGCAGGUACGAUCGAAAAGGGCGAGACUGACGCCGCACGCUGGCGUGAGGCCGCGAAAGAGGUGGAGGAGAUUAUCGAUGUCUUACGCAACUUUGGUCCUCGGACGGAGGGACACAGGUGGAAGCUGCAGGCACGCAGCGUGCUCCGGACGUUCAUGGGACGCACCCGCGAGAACUUCGAGGACGAGCCCGAGUGGGUACGGCUGACUGAGUUGCAGGAGGAGCUCCGCCAGGACGAGUAGUGGACGGGCGGCCUGUCUUCCACAGACACGUACUUUCCGCCGCAAAGUGCGGAACUGAGGUCGGCUGUAGGCUUCGUACACCACGAUGAAUUAAAGUUCGCGCCUUCCUGUGAUACGUGCCUAUGCCAGCCCUGCAUGGCAGCGAAGCCCCGGCCAAAUCCAUGUUUUGCGUCACCACACCCAGACGGGUCCGGAAGGCCGUGGACAGCGGAUACUCCUAUCGAGUCCGUACGUGAACAAACUGACUCUACAGGACUAGCAUAGAAAUACAUUCAAGCAAGCUAGAUCUACACGUGUGCGGCUGAGAACGGGAGAAGCGGAUGGUUCGAAUAAUAAUGCAGUGCCUUCAGGCAAGGAGACCUCGUAAGACCAUCACAGGGACCAUUGGAACGCCAUCGCUAUGCGAUUGAGGGUCAAAGUGGUCACCAGCUCCGUGACGAAUGAUAGCGCGGCGUGUUUGAUGGUCAGGCGAGCAUAGAAAGGGUCAUUGGGCUGCGCUACUUCCCAGGUCGCAAUGACUAAUCCCUUACUAUCGGUACACUAGCGGCAUUUAAUGUAGGGUUAGAGCAUUGUCACUAGCUGCCAGCAUGUGCAGCUUACCUCAAGACGCUCGGUUGAUAUCUUCCACUUGAGUUCUGUCCCGUUCUGCGUGGUAAAGUACCGAUGCCUGGUCUUUUUGUCAGUAGACUAAAACAAAAACGUAGCAACGUGUCGAUGCAACGAACGCACGGGCUGCCUUCUUUCCUCCCCUUCUUAAUACAGCUGGCCAUCGGCUGAGUAGGGCUGUUGCCGUAUCCUAGGAUGCCGGGGCUUCGAGAAGGGCCGAAAUAGAAAUACGACGCGGUCGGGCCCAUGAUAUCUGGGUGUUGCUGUGCCCACGGUGCCUCGCGUAUGAGCUUCAGCACAAGGUUUGGGUUCUCGUCAACCUGACAAUUGAGAUAAGGACGCGGAUAUUGGAGCACCGGUGGUUGCAAUAAUCCACCCACCCAUAUUCUGUGUAGAGCGCGACAUGUCAGACAGACUGCCGUCAGCAAUCUAAGGCUAAAAACGUACACCGUGAAGGCGAGGCGUCCUUCCAAGUCUUCAAAGUGUGUGGCCCAUGGGUCACUUUUGUACUGCAGGAGCACGUACGAAGUCAUCGCCGGCCUCUCUGAGCGUUGAUGGAGGGGGCAAGAAAGCACCCGAUGAGGACGUCGUGAGACGGAAGUCCAUGGCCACAACUUAUACCCAAGAACAAGGGUUCCCCAAACGAGAGGAGCAGUAAGACGGGCAUCAGAUGGCACAGCACAUGAACGCCACGCGGAUGAAAUGCCUCCGACUCCCGUUCGACCAUGCAGACUUUAUUUGCACGAACUGACACAUCGGCCGAUUAAGCGUUGCGACGGCAGGGUAAUAGUCGGCUCAGGCCACCAACGACAUCCCGGCAGAUUCGCUGGCUCAAGGGCUGCUUGCUCGGGACGCCGUAGUAAAGCCCAUAGUCAUCAAGGACCAAUGGACACCGCUUCCGCCAAGCGCAUGCAGGGCACGUUACCCCAGGAAAGGUUCACGAAUAGGGAAGCUGCUGCUUACACAAGGUUCUGAAGCACUCGAGCGCGACCGGAGCAUUACCAUUUCCACGCUACCCAUUCAACUGGAUAUACUUAGCGACCCUGUAUCAGAUGUAGAUGGGAGAUGUGGGGAAUCGGCUACAAAACGUGUCCUCAG